UUUACAAAAGAAAGAAAAAAAACAACCCCCCCCCUAAACUUCUGUGGAUUUGGACAAAUCCUUUCUCCUCUCUGCCUUGGUUCCCGAGCUGUACAAUGGGGAUAAAUACGGGGCCUUGCGGAAUUGAAGAGCCCUGUAGACCUGCCAGCAUUUUGGAACAGAAACAGCAUUUUCAGAACUCUGCCCCAUAAAGCUGGAGCUGCUUGGCCACCUUUGGUUUAGGAGCUUGUUCACUGCCUCUUGCCACUUCUGCCACCGGGUUUCCCUGCGCGGCACCGCUGAGGACAGUAGUGGGGUGAAGAGCUGCAUCUGAAAUCUCCCAGCAUUUAUGUCAAGCUUCAAACGAUAAAAUGUUUGAGAGAUUCUGGAAGGUGAGUUUAGGGCUGUUGGAAGCUGCAGGAUCAGCCACCCCAGGGCUUGAUGGCCUCUAUCGGGCCAGAGAGCAGGGACAGCAGCAGUGGGACAAGAUUCCCCUACACACCCUGGCAGGGAGCCUAACUCCGAUCAGGUGGCGCCUCCUCUAGCUCACCCUCCAUGGCCUAGCACGUCGUUGGCUGCCAAAAAGGGGGCCAAUUAUGACAGCGAGAAGAGUCAGCCAUGCAAACUGGAACCAAACAGCAAGACCUCUGCUCCGAGUACCAGCCUCCUGCCCAGCAGGUCUCAGGGAGGGGGCCUUGCAUUAAGGUGGAUUUCUCUGACAUUGGCUAGUGCAUAAUCCGUUUAGCUCCAAGGUGAAUAUCUGCAUUUUCCUUUUAAGGAGAGCACCGUCUGGGAGGAAGUGGGGGGGAGGGGUUCAUUGAGAGCUUCUCUGCCACGCCUAGUCGUUGCUCCAGGCUGAGACGCCAAGCCAAAAGCCGAUCCCGUCAGCAGAGCUGAACAGAGACUCGGAAGGCUCCCAGGGUGACUGCCUGCUCCUUUUCGAACCAGCCUCCUUGCAAAGCGGUCUCCUUUCCACCAGCGCUCCCAGCCAUGGCGAGAAACCACCAGGUGCAAAAAGCCAAGCUGGCCGAGCAGGCCGAGCGUUACGAGGACAUGGCUGAUUUCAUGAAGGCAGUGGUGGAGCACGGGGAUGAGCUCUCCAAUGAGGAGCGCAACCUCCUCUCUGUUGCCUAUAAGAACGUGGUGGGAUGCCAGAGGUCCGCCUGGAGGGUCAUCUCCAGCAUCGAGCACAAGACUGAAGAGGGUGAUGACAAAGCGCAGCUGGUGAACGAAUACCGGGAGAAGGUGGAGGGGGAGCUGAAGGACGUCUGCAACAUUGUCCUGGGGCUGCUGGACAAGUAUCUCAUUAAGAAAGCCAGCGACGCAGAGAGCAAAGUCUUCUACCUGAAGAUGAAGGGAGACUACUUCCGAUACCUGGCCGAGGUAGCCACCGGGGAUGAGCGCAAGGAGACCAUAGAAAAUGCUCAAAAAGCUUACCAGGAAGCAAUGGACAUCAGCAAGAAGGAGAUGCAGCCCACGAACCCCAUCCGCCUGGGGCUUGCCCUCAACUUCUCCGUCUUCCACUACGAGAUCGCCAACGCCCCAGAGCAGGCCAUCACGCUGGCCAAAACCACGUUUGAUGAAGCCAUGGGAGACCUGCACACGCUCAGUGAAGACUCGUACAAGGACAGCACCCUCAUCAUGCAGCUGCUCAGGGACAACCUUACGUUAUGGACGGCAGAGUGCGCGGGAGAAGACGGUGGAGAAGCCGGGGAAGAGCCUAAGAACUGAACUGCAGCCCACCAAGCAAUGGUCACUCUCCCUGUCCCUCCUCCUUUUUUGUAAGACACGUCUCGGCUCCCAAACGCUCUGCCUGGAUUCCAACAGCAAAGGGGACUGACUGGUCUGUGCGUAUGGUAUUCACACGUAUAUCUUGCCUUUUCUCAUGGCAGCUUUGAGACAAUUCCCCCUUCCCUGACCCUCCCCCCCCCCUCCUUCCACAUUUCUUGUGAUCUUCCUGCUGGGGUGGUUACUGCUGUGGAAGGGCACUAAUAGCUUCACACAGACUUGGGUGUCCCACCCAUUAUCAGUAACACCAGGGGUUCCUGACCGCCCCCCAGCACUGGGGCCUGCGGGUGCCUCCUGGCAUCUAACAUUUAAAAAGGGGAAGCUGAGUUUGGUUUUCGGGGUAAAGAUACCAAAACCUAGUCGAUCGCCGCUAGAGAGUGCGCUCUCCUUUGCUUUCUGUAGUGACUUAUUCUGCAGGGUUCCUCUACGACCUCCUGGGUAUUCCUUGAGUCAGUAGGAGGCUGGAGGUUUUGGGCCAUGGGGGGGUUCUUUGUAGUGGGUUAAGAAUGACAAACUUGAGGUGCCUCCUGUAUUUGUGUAUUGCCAAAGCCACUGCCUGCCUGUCCCUCUCCAAUAAAA